UAAUGACAGAGGGGCGGGGCAAGGACUGGUGGGAAAGUACGAUCGUGUGCAUUGGGUUAAGGGUUCGAAUAUUGCUUAUAGACGUACAGAAGAAUUCGUAUUUUGUUCCUUACGUAUCAUGUACUGAAAUUGUGGUGUAGGAGAGAAAUAUGAUAUUAUUUGAUUAAAACGCAAAACAAUGGCGUCAGCGUUAGAGCAGUUCGUAAAUAAUGUUCGCACAUUGUCAGCCCAAGGUAAUUUUCGAGAGCUGUGCGAUCAGCUGAAUAAAUCAACAGAGGUACUUAUGAAAAAUGGCCAACAUUUAGACAAUGUAUUAGAAACGUUGGAUUUACAGCAGCAUUCGCUAGGAGUUCUUGCGGUUCUGUGUGUUAAGUUCUCUCUUCCUGCACCAUCAGCAACACCAGACCACCAUGAACUUCUUUUUGCCCAGGUCCAAGAAUUCAUAACAGGAUGCAAUGGAGAGCAAGUUCGCUUUGCACCAGACACAUAUGCAGAAUUAUGCCAUCUACUGACACACAGCUUGGUUGAGUUGAAGGUGCCACUGAGAGGCAUCGACUUGUUACGACGAGCAAUCCAUAAGAUUCAGCUCUUCGAUUCACAGCUCACUUCGAUUCAUGCUGAUCUGUAUCAGCUUUGUAUCCUAGCCAAAUGCUUCAAGCCAGCACUUGUAUUUCUAAACACAGACAUCACUAGUAUCAGUCAGGAGGGUGGACAGUUUGACACUAAAUACUUCCUCUUGUAUUACUAUUAUGGAGGAAUGAUCUAUGCUGCAUUGAAGAACUAUGACAGGGCACUUUACUUCUUUGAGGUUGCCAUUACAACUCCUGCCUUGGCUGUAUCACAUAUUAUGCUGGAAGCUUACAAGAAAUACAUUCUUGUGUCUCUGAUUCUACAUGGCAAGAUUCAGAACAUUCCAAAAUAUACAUCGCAAGUGAUUGGUAGAUUUAUCAAACCGUUAAGUCAACCAUACCAUGAUUUGGCUACAGCGUACUCAAGCAAUAAUCCAGAUGAACUGCGCACUGUGAUCAAUAAAUACCAUGAUGCAUACUUGAGGGAAAACAACGUAGGACUAGUGAAGCAAGUUCUGGCAUCUCUGUACAAGAAGAACAUUCAGCGCCUCACUAAGACGUUCCUCACCCUGUCAUUGUCUGAUGUUGCUAGUAGGGUGCAGCUUUCUGGACCUGCAGAUGCUGAGAAGUACAUUCUCAACAUGAUUGAGGAUGGCGAGAUUUUUGCAACAAUCAACCAGAAGGAUGGCAUGGUGAUAUUUCAUGAUGAUCCAGAGAAGUAUAAUAGCCCUGCCAUGUUACGACGAUUGGAAGAGGAGAUGGCUGUUUGUACAGAUCUUGAUCGUAAAAUGCAGUCAAUGGAAGAAGACAUCAUGGUGAAUCCUCAGUAUGUGAAGAAGUCUUGUGGUGCACCAGAUGAUGACCUCCCCUCAGCACCAUCACAGGGUUCAAAAAUCACCACCUAUUCAAUGUGAUAUCUUGAGAGUGGAUCAAAGCAUGUUUCUAUGGUAAAACUGAGGUUCAGAAUCGUUAAAUUUUAUGUUCUACAAUAGUAUGCUCAUGUUAGAAAUAAAUGCAACUAACUCUUAUCUCAUGUCCUGUAAGGCUGUUUGUAUAUUAAAGCUCACCAUUAAAAAUACUGUAUUUCAGAAUUA